AUCUUUGAAGGCUGUGAUAGGAGGAUGUAAAAUGACAUCAUUAUGUGGGUGGAAACCUUAAUAUUCAUCUUUGCUUCACUUCUCAAUAUAAACUAAGUUUCACUUUAGGUUGUUAGAGCAAAGCCUCAUUCACUGAUGUUGGGUCACCCGAGGGCUUUGCAUUUGGGAAAUAACAACAAAGAUGGGGUCAGAACAGAGCACCUUGAAAAAGAGUGGCUACGCAAUAGAAAAGGAAACAGAAAAUGCUGUUGUUGCCACAAAGGAAGAUGAGACAUUUUUUAUAGAAAAGAUAGAGAAAUCCAAAAAUGAUGUUUCAGCAUUAACCUCAGAGAUAGAAACCAUUAAGGAAACAAGCCAUCCUCAUAUUGUGAGCAUCAGGAACUCUUUUGAAGAUCAGAACACUUACUACAUAGUGAUGGACUACUGUCAUGGAAAGAGCCUUGCUGUAAAGAUCAGAGAGAUGAUUCAUCCUCCUAAAGAGUUUGAGGUACUGAGUUGGAUUGCUGAGAUCUGUAUGGCUUUGAGAACCAUUCAUGAAAAAGGCUUGCUUCACAAACAUCUGACACCAGAGAACAUAUUCCUUACCGAAUUAGGAACAGUGUGCUUGGACAAAUUUGGAACAAUCCAUGAAAAUUCAAAAACCAGUAAUUCAAAUUAUCUGGCACCGGAAGUCUUCACAGAUGGUACCUAUGAUGCUAAAAGUGACAUUUGGUCAGUGGGAUGCAUACUCUAUGAGCUCUGUACUCGACAACCAGCGUUCUCAGCAGAGACUACGGUCCAGCUCGUGCCCAAGAUAAUUGGUGGUCGUUACCCAUCUCUCCCAGAGGAGUUCUCACCAGAGCUUCGUGAGCUAUUGAAUGAUAUAUUUAAAAAAGACCCUCGACUAAGACCAACAGCCAGUGAGAUCCUGGGGCGUCCUUUUAUUAUCAGCUGUCUCUUAACAAAGUGCAAAACAACUGUGAAGGAACUCCAGACCAGGUUGAAUGAGCUAAGGGCUCUAGCUGACAGUUUGGAACGUGUGCAUCAUGGCACCACCAUUGGCAGUCUGGCAGGAGGAGUGAUUGGAGCAGCGGGGGGGAUUACAUCCAUAGUGGGCCUUAUACUGGCCCCCUUCACUUUGGGAGCCUCUCUUAUUGUCACUGGGGUUGGAGUAGGGGUGGGGGCAGUUGGUGGGGUCACUGCUGGUGCCUCGAAUAUCACUAAUAUGGUCAACCAGUCUUCUGAUCGCAAAGCUGUUCGAAGCAUCAUUAAAGUGCUUGAACAGAAAAUUUAUACAGUUGUCACCUGGCUCCAGGAGAUUAGCAACAGCUUACAGACACUCAGGAGCAGAUGUGACACACUUGACACUGACGAUAGCAAGUUCAAUGACGACAACCUGUUAAGGCUUGGCUGCAGAGCAGGGAAAGGCCUAGGUGGCAUUGCUGAACUGCUUCGACUAGUUCAAGUGAUGACCAUCGGCAAGAUUGCAGCACAAGCAUCCAGAGUAGUACGUGUGGCAGAGGUAGCAACAGGUGUGCUCGCUGGUUUAUUUGUGGCAGCAGAUAUCUUCUUCAUUGCCAUGGAUGCCAAAGAGAUACACUGCAUUAGACAGGAAAAGGCAGCAGCGGAAGGAGGCGCAACUUCUGGGUCUGAGGCACAGGACCGGUCUUCCCAAAAGGGCGCUUCAAUCAGAUCUGAGAUCAUGAAAUUUGUCCGAUCAAUCAGGACGGCAGCAGACAACUUGCAAAAAGUCUUGGAUGAGCUCAAAAGCAGCAUCAAUUAUAUCCCUUCACUUGGGGAUGAGAGUUAUAUGGAAUGGCAAGACAUGGAAUUAAUGUAACCCAAAGGUCACAUUAAAUGAAAUCAGAAGCACAUUAAGUUACUCAUUGACCUAGUGUUAAAAAUAAAUCAAGAAGGGAACUUCUGGGUUUCAAUUAUUAGUACAGUUUUCUUAAUUAAAUCAAUUAAAAUAAUAUCUGUAUAAUACUAAUACUGUGUCAAUACUAAUGAUUAAUAUUGUAAUAUACCUUUAAUAAUGACAACUUUAAAUUGACGUUAAUUCACUUCAAUUGCCAAUAUCAUCUUUAAAGUAACUAUCAUGACUAUCUGACUACUAACGAAUCAUAGUCAAAUUAGUUACUUCAGUCACUGUAUAAUGAUGAAUACUGUAAAAUAAUGAUUUUGAGCUUUACUCUUGAUUUGUCAAUAAUAAUUCUAUUCAUGAUAAAGAAAUGUUGAAUGUUUAUUAUAACAAUGUAUUUCUGUUUCAUGAUAGCAACCUGAAAAGAAUGGACAUUUAUAGUUAAAUGUUAAUUAAUUAUUCUGCACCACAAACAGAAUAUCUGGCACUGUUAGUAAACAUAGCAAACACUUUGCUGCCAGUGCAUACUGCAAAUCAUUGCCAGCAAUAUACAGUACAAUCCUCCAAUGUAUUUAAUAAAUAUGACACAAAUAACUGCCUAUAUCUAAUCUGGUAAUAGCUCCAUGGUUGCUAGCAAUCUGAACAUUAAGUUUAUUCUUUUGUGUCUCUUUUUCAUUAUUUGGUACAUUAAUGUAAUUUUUUAAAUAACAGUCAAAGCCCCUAUGCGUAGGAUUUGAAAGAUUUUUACUUUAAUGACUUCUAGUGUUAGCAUUAAAAAAAGGACACUGUGGCACGUCACAAUACACGUGGCUUCACCUACAGAUCCGACCCUGUGACACUGGAACGAAAGGGCUCAAAACCACAAAUACUGCACCAAUUUUACCCACGAUUAUCUCAUCUUUCUACAAACAAAACUUAUGCCACUGCAAUAAUUUGAAAGAUGAUUUGAUCACAAUGACAUUCUACAAACAGGGGCUCUAACUGCAUUCAAACGUGUAUGCUUAAUUUCAUCUUUGUAGUUUUAUAAUUUUGUAUAAACAUGAGGAUCUUGACAUGCAGCCGGCAAUUGACAUAUGAAUGCAUUAAUAAUACAUAUUAAUUGUAUACAUCUAUACUGAUGAAAAAUAAAUGCAAAUGAUUCUUUCUCCAGA